AUGACCAUCUCCAAGCGCCACGCGCUCUGCAGGGGCGCGCCGGCGUCGCGGUCCCGGCCUGGCACGCGCUGCUGCUUGGUCCCGCUCCGGCGCGAGUGCCUUACUCUGUGCGCAGCGUCCGACGGCUCGCGGGGGCCGCUCGGCCCCGGCUAUGAGGCGGCUGAGCGCAUGGGCCAGGCCGGCCUAGAUGCUGCCGCCCCAGGCGCCGCCGUCAAAGCCAUUGACGACGGCAUCACUUUUGGCGUGGCCGGGCCCGUCCGGGAGCUCAAAGGCGCAGUGGAGCGGCUGGACAGCAAGCUGGACCGGCUGGGCGAAAACGUGACGGCGCUGAAGUCGACAGGGGUGGUGGCGGUGGCGGUGCUACUGGUGGUGCUGGUGGGCAUCUCAUCGCCGGAUGUGUGGCGGGACGGGCUGUACGGCCAGCUGCUCAUGCAGGUCCUGCCGGGCGCCAACUAG